UAGUUCAAAGGCCGAAGGCUCAGGAGGAAGAGGAGAAGGAGGCCAUUUCCAGUUCAGAUAACUCUGAACCAUUCAGCGUGCGGGAGAAACCGUUCAGCAAAUCCGAUUUCCACACUCUGAAGAAGGAAGAGAAUUUGGAAAUCAAGCCAAACAAUGAAGAACAGACCAGUAAAACUAUAACUCAGCCCCUUCAUAAUGGACCAGGCGAUAUAAGCAAUGAAGAUCAAGACAAGAGACAACUUGUGUGCAGCCGAUGCAGAAAAAGCUUCACCAAUACCUCCAACCUUACUGCUCACGAGAGAAUCCACACCAGAGCGAAACCAUAUAAGUGCCGUCGUUGCGGAAAAAGCUUUGGCAAGAAAUCGACUCUCAUUGCUCAUCGGAGAAUCCACUUGGAAGAGAGACGGUACAGAUGCCGUGUGUGUGGGAAGAGCUUCCGGCAGUUCUCGAGCCGUGUCGCCCACGAGCGAAUCCAUACCGCAGAAAAACCCUACGCUUGCCCGGAGUGCAGGAGGAACUUCAGUCUGAAAUCGAGCUUGGUUUCCCACCGAAGAACCCACACGGGAGAAAAACCUUACGCGUGCUCUGAAUGCAGGAGACGUUUCAGCCAGAAAUCGGCUCUGGUUGCCCAUAGGCGAACCCACAAAGGUGAGAAACCCUACGUUUGCUUGGCCUGUGGGAAAAGUUUUAGCCAGAGCUCCAACCUCAUUGUUCACAAGAGAAUCCACACUGGGGAAAAACCAUAUCCCUGCCCUCACUGUGGGAGAAAUUUCGCCUGCAGCUCCAGCCUCGUUCGGCACCAGAAGAUCCACACGGAAGACAAACCGUACAGAUGUGCGGCCUGCGGGAAAACCUUCAGCUGCAAUUCGAGCCUCAGCAGGCACCGGCGGACCCACACAGGGGAGAAACCCCACGACUGCCCCGAUUGUGGCAAAACCUUCAGUGUGAGCUCCCAACUCAGUGUGCAUCGGAGGACCCACAGGGGAGAAAAGCCCUAUGAAUGCUCAGAGUGUGGGAAAAGUUUCAGUGUGAUGGCGAGCCUUAACGCCCACCAGAGAAUGCACGCUGGUACGAAAACUUAUAAAUCUUCCGACUGUCCCAAAAGUGUUUCUCUAAGGUCGAGUCUCAGAGCUCACAAGAAAAGACACGGAGAAAAGGCAUUUGAUUGCAUAGAGUGUGGCAAAACCUUCACCUGCAGCUCUGGGCUCAUUCGCCACCAGAGAAUCCACACGGGGGGGAAACCCUUCCGUUGUGGAGACUGCGGGAAAAGCUUCAUCUUGAGCUCCAACCUUAUCGCCCACCAGCGAACUCACAUGGGAGAAAAGCCGUACCAGUGCUCGGAGUGUGGAAAAAGAUUCAAUCUAAAUUCGAAUCUGGUCGUCCAUCAAAAAACCCACGCUGGAGGGAAGCCCUAUAAAUGCAUUUACUGUGGGGAAAGUUUCUAUACAAGGCCACAUUUCGUAGAGCAUCAUAGAGCCAGGCAUUCGGAUGCUAUAAACACGAAAACAGCCGAAAGCAACGUUAAUUCUAAAUCCAUUAAUUACCAAAUAAACUCUGUAGGAUGGGGUUGAUCAAAUUGGUGGAGAGGAGCUGGAAUCUACUGGAAAACUUUACAUCAGAGGUCCCCAAACUUGGCAACUUUCAGACUUGUGGACUUCCAACUCCCCAAAUUCUCCUCCCAGAAUUCCACAAGUCUUAAAAGUUGCCAAAUUUGGAGACCCUUGGUUUACACUAACCAUUUUGCAAUAUUCUGUUGCUUCUCAUAGUGAGUCUCUAACCUUUAUAUUUGGAUAGUACUAGCCAUUUCUUAGAUGGUUAAGGAUCCUAAAACUCCACCCUUCUUUGAGUUCUGCGUCUAUAUUUUUAGGGAAACAAUUUCAAGGCAGGUAGAAAGUGCAGGGGGGGAAAAACACCUUUUGGUUAUCCACAUCAGUGGUGGGUUUCAAAAUUUUUUGGAACC